AUGGUGAUGGGUAUCUUAACAAGUUUGAUCCUCCUAUUUUUCACGUGUUUCCCAUCAGCAGCCUAUUUACUCAACCAACUCCAGCUACCAAAUCCGUUGAGAGGCCCCGAGUCCCUGGCAUUUGAUCGAAACGGCGGAGGGCCUUAUGUUGGUUCUUCUGAUGGAAGGAUUUUUAAAUAUGUAGCUACCGGACCACGAAAUGGUAGUUUUGUGGAAUAUGGUUACUCUUCCCCGACGAGGAACAAGCAAGUAUGUGAUGGCCUUACUGACUUCUCAGACCUCCAAACAACCUGUGGGAGGCCUUUGGGGUUGGGUUUCAAUCAUCAGACAAACGAAUUGUAUGUUGCUGAUGCCUAUUUUGGUUUGGUCAAGAUUGGUCCCAAUGGAGGGCCUCCAACCCAGCUUGUUGAUGCUGUACAAGGCACUCCUCUUCGCUUUACAGACGCGUUGGACGUCGACCCUCAAACUGGAAUCGUUUAUUUUGCACAGUCUAGUGCAAAUUUUCAGAUCAGAAAUUUGACAGCAUUGAUAAACAGCAGAGAUAGUUCUGGAAGCCUAUUCAGAUAUGACCCAAGCACCAACCAAACCACGGAGUUGCUCCGUGGUCUUGCUUUUGCAGCCGGGGUGGCAGUGAGCGGUGAUGGAUCAUUUGUCCUUGUUACUGAAUUCUCGGGAAGAAGAAUCCAGCGAUUCUGGCUCAAAGGACAAAGAGCAAACACAUCGGAUAUAUUUGCGCGAAUUCCGGGAAGCCCAGAUAACAUCAAGAGGAACCCCAGGAACCAGUUUUGGGUGGCAGUUAACAAUCCCUUAGGACCACCUCCACCUCCGCUGCCUCCUUUUAUGGCCUCAGGAAUCAGAAUCAGCGAUUCCGGGAUUCCUUUACAGAUUCUGCCUCUUGUAGAUGAGUAUCGUACACAAGCAGUCAGUGAAGUUCAAGAGUUUAAUGGGACGCUCUAUGGAGGAUCCCUCUUUGCUUCCUAUGCUGUCGUUUUUACACCCUAAUUAUGAAAAGUAUGAGCAAAAUUCUUAUAAAUAAAAAAGAAAAUCUUGA